AAAUGUUUUGUAUAAUAGUUUGGGAUUUAUAUCGUUUUAAAAGGUUAAUUGGAGACUGAAGUGUGCUGAAUUUUGUAGGAUGCGUCAGUAAACCAAUGCUGCUAAAUAAAAUAGUUACUAAUGCAAAAUAACAGCAACAGCUAACUAUUAACUAGUCUAUAAUUAAUCUCACUCUUACGUACAGAAUAAACAUCAGAUGCGAGCUUUGCGUUAUUAAAAUGACCGCUAGCUAUAGCUAUCGUGUCUUUAUGACAUAUUGAACCGUUUAUGAUUUCUUAUUUUUUCUUCUUCAAACUGUUAUAGAUUUAAGACAUGUCAGCCGCUGUUAAAACUUUUAGGGUGCCUUUCCCACACAUUUGACUCGUUUUCAAGUGUUUCAAGGCGCACUCGUGAUGUCGACACGCCAGAGUGUCUUUAACUUUAAUCGAAAUGCCACGAGCGUGAAAGUCAUCAGGCUGUCACGGAUCUGCGCGUGGCCAUGACCGGCAUGAUAAAGAACCGGACGGCUUUUCGGCGAGGAAAACGGCUAAUGGGCGAAAGAUGAGGAGAAAAACAAUAGCAAAGCGCAUCCUGUACAAUGGAUACGAAGAGACACCCGCAGAAACCGGCGCCAGGGCGAACCACGUCCUCAGUCAAGAGCCGGCGAAGAGGAGAAAAUGGAGAGAACUGAAUGGAGAGGACAUCUCAUCUCGCAAUGCUGACUAUAUCAAGUUCAAAACAAAGGCUUUUGAGGUUGACAAGACUCUUGGAGAUGUAACAAGGGGUGCAGAUUUUACUAUGGAGGUGCUUGGAAGCCUCCAAUCACGUUCAAGGGCGGAGCUUAUCGCCAUGGUGUUGAGUAUGCAGAGGGAGAUGGACAGCCUUCGAGAGCAAAUCAGAAGUCUUACAGCUUGUGGGAAGUUGGCUCAGACACUUGAAGAGCUGAUCGAGAAGAGUGAUAGAUGGCUGUGCUGCAGCCACGAAGCUGCAACUCCCAGCAUUCCAGAGGAGCUGGAGAGAAGCAGGCCACCCAGUCACAUUAGUGGAAGAACAGCUGAAUGUGCAAGUUCAGAGCAGCAGGGGUGUGGUCAGUAUGAGGUCACACAAACACUGCCUCAACGGAAUGGAACGCUUCCCGAACAAGAAGUUAUUACUGCUGAUCUCCUGGAGCGCUGCAACACAGGGACCACCGCUCAGAAACUCACCAAUGACCUGCUGCGCAGCCUCUACGACAGAGACUGUCUGGCCUCUCACUCCAUCUCAGGCAUCGUCAACAGCAAGAGAGGGAUGCCUAAGCCAGCUCUUCCGGCAGAUGAGAUCCAGGCCAUUCUGAGUACGUAUGAGGGACUGUUUGUAACAAGUACUGCACGGGACAGUGCAGCGGUUCUUCCCCGGAAAGACUGAUUCGGAAAUAAAGGGCUACAUACGACAGAAGCUUCAGAAUGAGGCCAAGAGGCUUCGGAAAAGGCCGCACCCAGCUGAUGAUCCAGUGGUGGGCUCAUUUGAGACCGUGAAAGCAAUGUUUGAGCAUUGAGUGUUGACUAUCAUUGGACAUCCCCAGUCAACAUAUUUAGUUGAAGAAUUCAUAACGACCCAGAACCCUGUUAUUAACCUUAAAGGGAUAGUUCAGAAAAAAAGUUCUGUCAUCAUUUACUUAAUUUUCAUUUAUUGUGAUUUGAAACGACGCAAGGGUGUGUAAAUUAUGACAGAAUUAGAAUUUUUGAGGAAGGCUGCAUGAUUCAUCAAAAUAAAACCAAAACCGAGUGUGAUUAUCAAAAUGCAAAGGCUGCAGUUUAAUUUAACAAGCAGCGUUUAAAAGUGAAGCGCAGCACUGAGUUCAUUUAUCAUGACCCAGUGUUUUCAGUCUCUCAGAGAAAUCUCUGCUUGUGCUGUGCCCUGAGUCACUUUUAACCUACAUUUGGGAACUCAACCACUGUCACAAUUUUUUUUAAUGAGAUUUCUAAGAAUUUUUAAACAGACUUGUCCACAAGAGAAUCUCUAAGGGCUCCCUGCAGUUGUCUUUCAAAAUAAAAGCAUAAUAUCUUAACAUUUAAAAAGAAGAAAUGUAAACAGCAAAUUUAUUAGUAUUGUAAGUUUACAUUUGUACUAUAAAAUAAAAAUAAAUACAAUUUUACAACUAUUACUUUAUUUCGCAUUGAAAUAUUAUUAUAAAUGAGUUAUUAUUUUAAUAUUUUAAUAAUACUAAUAGUUAUUAUUAUUAUUAUUAUUAUUAAAAUUUUGGGACUGGUGCUGUUUUUUAAUGCAACAAAUUUCUUCCCCACAAAUCGUGCAGCCCUGUUUUUGAGUGAACUAUCCUUUUUUGUCUAAGCUAUAGAGUACAUGGCAAACUAUGUGCAUAUGAUUUUUAUCAUGUUGAUUACACAAGACUGUGACUUCUUAUUGAUUUGAAAUUGCAAAAACGAACCCCGGAGUUACAAUUAGAAGUAGCUGGAAAACAGUAGCUUUGACAUACCUCCAGCAUCACUGCCAGACGUUAUCACACACUGUUUGUCGUGCGCUAAAACUUCGACACCAAGUAGACUAAAGCUGUGAACACAGUGGCAGAUGGUUAAGCAUCGCUCUCCUGUAAAAUGACAUGGAUGUCUCUUGGUAGCGGGGUGCAUCGUGAUUGAUGUAGUUCAGACUUGUGGUAUUUUAGUUGAUCACAUGUUGAAAGUGUGCCCCUGCGUGUAAUGUGAAUAUAUUUUCUGUGUGUAAUGUGAACUACACACGUGCCUCUUAUAUCGAACUCCUCACUGUGGCCUUAUCAGUCAGAAACUGCAGCAGUACAAUUCUCAUUUUGAAACCACUGUGAUUAUAUCCAUUAAAAAGGAUUUGUCCGUCUUGAA